AAUUAUGUUUGUUGUUUGUGACAAUAUGUGGUAUUCCAGCGCAGAUGGUAUACAAAGGAAAAUGGGGUCUUGAAGAUUCGCCUCCACCACACCAAGAAAAGGCCAAGACUGCAAGAUACCUGGUACAUGCAACGUCGUGGGCAGUCGUUUCGACAACGUCGACUUUGAAAGAAAUAGCUGGAAGACCAUUUUCGAAUAUAUUAUCUUUCUGUGACGGACCUAUCGAAAAUGGCACAGGAAUACCGUAUUUUUACGUCACCCUUUUUGACGUCAGCAUUCAAGAUGUUUUGAAAAAUCCAAUCAUUUCAUUCGCUUUAUCAGAGAUGGAGACCACAUAUUGCGGAACUCAGGACUUCGAUCCUGAAGACCCGAGAUGCGCCAAACUGACCUUAUCGGGGAGAAUGGUCAAUGUUACCAGUAGCGAAGAAAGAAAGUUUGCUUUAGCAUCUUUAUUUGAAAGGCACCCAGUUAUGAAGUCGUGGCCAUCUUCUCAUGAUUUCUAUGUUACCAAGUUGGAUAUUGACAUGGUUUGGUUGAUCGAUUACUUCGGAACUGGAGGAUCUGUUGUAUCGUUGGAAGAUUACUUUGCAGCAAAUUUGUAGUCUGACAGCAGAAUCCAACAGUCUACUCUACACGAUUCGUUAAAACAAAUUUUGUUUCUUAAAUGAAGUGCAUUGUUAUCAUUUCUUCAAACAUUGACAUUGUGAAUAUUUCAUAAAUAUAUACC